CCGAGCCCGAGCCCGGCGCCCUGUGUUGUGCUCCGCUCUCCGGGAAAUGCCAUCACUAAUUUAUGCACUAAAAGGAGCCGGAGGAGCUGGAGAGACGCGGGGCCGAGCCGGGGAGGCCGGCGGAGGGAGGGAGGGCGCAGGCACUGACUGAUGUGCAGCAGAAAAUGGCUCCUUUCCCCUUUCCCUCCACCGAACGGCUCCAUAUUGCAAAACCAAAAAAAAAAAAAAAAUUAAAAAGCGACGAAAAUGCAAUUGUGUGCCUUCUCCCUCCUAGUGGUGCAGAGAGGGGACGAAAAAAGGCAGAAAAUGUUGGGAACUGUCACUGCGGCGCUUUUGGUGGGGAAUUUUUUUCUUUAAUUUGAAAUGCGAAGGCACCGGAUGGAGACACGCGCAGGCACACGCACACACACACACUCACACACACAGAGAGAGGCAUAUUUUUGUGUUGCCGAGUAUUUGGGGGUUGCCUGCUCGUGACAGCGGGCUCCUGGGCGUCGAGGGAGUGUAGGGGGGCCGCGGGGCUGUUGGCUAUCGGAUUAGGGGUCAAAUGCAGAACGGCUGAAACCUCUCAGAGACUCCGGGCUGGGGAGAGGAGGAGGGGUACCGCGACUCUGCAUUUCGGCUGCUUUGCACGCAGGGUUCCUUGUGAGCAUAGUGUCUUUGGAACAUGUCGCAGUAACAUGCUUAAAAUUCUUGACAACUGCAAAAUAAACUGCUAGUUUCAUUUUCCUUACCCCUCCUCUUUCUUCCUGCCCUUGUGUGUUUAUUUUGACUUGGGGGAGGCAGUGUAUCAGGGACUGUGUCAGGCCUGCAGAAAUGCACCCUCCACGUCCACAGCUAAAUGACUUUCGGUUCACGAAGACAGAAUAGGGCCUUAUGUCAUUCCCCACCUGGAGGCCGCAGAGCUGGCUCGGUUUUUUUUUUUUUUUUUACCCAUGUCCCCCUCCCUUUUCCUUUGCAAGAUAUAACACGUGGGAACCGGAGGAGAACAUCCUGGAUCCCAGGCUGCUGAUCGCCUUCCAGAACAGGGAACGGCAGGAGCAGCUGAUGGGUUACCGUAAGAGAGGGCCGAAGCCCAAGCCACUGGUGGUGCAGGUACCUACCUUUGCCCGUCGCUCCAAUGUUCUGACUGGACUCCAAGACUCUUCAGCUGAUAACCGCUCCAAGCUAGAGCUGGGCACACAGGGCAAGGGCCAGGGCCACCAGUAUGAGCUCAACAGCAAGAAGCACCACCAGUACCAGCCGCAUAGCAAGGAGAGAGCAGGUAAGCCCCCCCCACCAGGCAAGAGUGGCAAGUACUACUAUCAGCUGAACAGCAAGAAACACCACCCCUACCAGCCGGACCCCAAGAUGUAUGACCUGCAGUACCAGGGUGGCCACAAGGAGGCACCCAGCCCCACCUGCCCGGACCUGGGCGCCAAGAGCCACCCACCGGACAAAUGGGCCCAUGGCACAGGGGCCAAGGGCUACCUGGGGGCCGUGAAGCCUCUGGCUGGGGCGACUGGGGCUCCAGGCAAGGGCUCUGAGAAGGGCCCCCCCAACGGAAUGACACCAGCCCCCAAAGAGGCGGUGGCAGGCAAUGGUAUUGGGGGCAAGAUGAAGAUCGUCAAGAACAAGAAUAAGAACGGACGCAUCGUAAUCGUGAUGAGCAAGUACAUGGAGAACGGCAUGCAGGCGGUGAAGAUCAAGUCGGGCGAGGCGGCGGAGGGAGAGGCGCGCUCCCCCAGCCACAAGAAGCGUGCCCCGGAGGAGCGCCACCCCCCAGCCGAUAGGACUUUUAAAAAGGCCACUGGCGGCUCCGAGGAGAAGAAGACUGACACGCCCUGCAAGAGGAGAGAGGAGGAGGCGCCGGGCCCGGGGGACCCGCAUCCCCAGGACAGCAGCUCCCGAAAGCUCUCCCCGACCAAGGAGGCCUUCCCAGAUCAGCCCCUGCAGCUCACCACCAAGCCCGUGACAGCCGCAGAGAAGCCUCCCGCCGAGGCCCAGGACGAGCCCACGGAACCGCUGAGUGAGUUCAAGCCCUUCUUUGGAAAUAUAAUUAUCACCGAUGUCACCGCGAACUGCCUCACCGUCACGUUCAAGGAGUAUGUGACGGUGUAGUCGGGGCAUCGGAAGGGGACGCGCCUGGGGGGGGAGCCCCGGAAGCCUGAGGGGCUCCCCUCUCCCCACAGGAGCUGUGGCAGCCGGGCGAGCGAGAACAGCCCAGCUUGGUGGCCCAGCCUCCCCGCGGUGUGGCCAUGGGAUCCCAGCGGAGGUGCCAGCCGGGGUCUACUCCAUCCACUCGGUGCCUGCGGUCCGCCCCCACUGCCCCAUCGACUAGAGCGCGCCCUCCCCUGCGGACCUCGGGGACUGGCCGGGCGCACGGCGUCUCAGAGUUAUAGUAUUAUAUUUUAACCGUGCUAACUUGUCAAGUGCUGACUCUACUCCCGUUUGUACGUGGUGGUUAUUAUUGACAUGUAUUGUUUGACUCAAAAGGCCCAACCAUCCCCAUUCGGGCUGAUAUAUAUAUAUUUAUUUGUAGGUAUUUAUAUAUUGAAAUAUAAAAACCUAGAUUUAUGGAGUUUCCUCUAGAUCAUGUUAUAUUCUAUAUGACAAACUAUUUUCUGUUGACCUUUCUUCCCCUUCAUUCAGUAUUUCGGUUGGUUUCAUUUCCUCCCCUCCAGGAACUGCAAUACCAGUAACCUUGGUAUAUAUUUUUUGAUACUGUACACAUGGAUGUGUUGUUUCUAUGUGCAAAAAAAAAAAAAAGUUUGUUAAAAGGCUAAACGAGCUCUCUAGAACCUGCUGCUACUAGAAAUGUCUAAACUAUAAGCUUCCAGUUAUUACCUGCUUGAAUGUAAAUAUUAAAUGGAGAUGUUCAAGGUGCACUUGCGCUGU